UAUAAAUUAAAAUGGCGAAAUAAAUAAUGGCGUUACGUUUCUUAAGCUACGCAUUGAGGCCGCAGAUCUGUCGCGCACAGCAACAGGCAAUCCAUAGCUGGUUUAAUGCUAUCGAAAUAAAACAUUCGGCCAAUUUGAUUUGCCGGCAACGCGCUUUGCACGUGCGUGUGUCUGAUGAAGAAGCUGGGCUGCAAGCAAAGCGAGAAGCAAACAAAGCAGUUGGAAACUUUGAAGAAAUCCUUGAGGAUGGGAAACCCUCAGAAGUAUCAAUGCGAGCCCGCCGCUUACGUAAUAAAUUUCGUGAAGCCCCCGCUUUUGCUGAUAGACCCAAGGAAGAGCCUUUAAAAGACAAGGAGGUUGAUUUUGGCGAUCCCGACACUUUCGGAAAUGCUAAACUCAGCGACACCCAGCAAGUAGAUGCGGGUGACAUUCAGGAGGAAGAGUAUAUAAACAAACCAACACGCCAUGCCAAAAAGCUGCGAACAAAGGAAUACGCAAAAAUGAUCAAAGAUCAUUUAAAUGCUCAUCGUGUGAAUGAAGCACUUGAGGUGCUGGAGAAACGCAUGCUAAAGGAGGAUCGCGUUAAGCCCGAGAACUACAUAUACAAUUUGUUAAUAAGUGGCUGCGCCAAAGCAGGCUACACUCGCAAGGCGUUUGCUCUAUACACAAAAAUGCGACAACGUGGCCUAAAAGUCACGGGUGGCACGUACACGUCCCUCUUCAAUGCCUGUGCUAAUGCACCCUCGCGGGCCGAUGGACUGGCCAAGGCGCAACAUGUGCGGGAAAAUAUGCUGGAAAAGGGCUAUGAGCCCAAUGUAAAAAACUACAAUGCCAUGAUUAAAGCGUAUGGACGUUGUGGUGAUGUAGAAACCGCCUACCUUCUAGCUGAUGAAAUGCUGGAACGUCAACUGGAAGUGAACGCCGAUACGUUUAACUUUCUGUUGCAAGCAUGUGCCAGCGAUAAAGAACAUGGAUUCCGGCACGCUCUUCUCACCUGGCAUAAGAUGCUGCAGAGAGGCAUUACACCCGACUAUUACACCUUCAAUGCCGUAUUGCGUUGUGUUAGAGACUGUGGCUUGGGUGACUUAGACUCCAUGCAACAGGUUCUAGAGGAGAUUGCACCUGGAAUUGCAUCCAAUGCACAAUUGAAGAAUGAAGAUACGAACAAAUAUUUGCCAUCGGAAGCAUCUACAAUAGAAAGUUUACCGGUUACCUCGUCGAAUACAACUCCCCAAAUCGAAGUGUCCACAGCUGCAACGGAUUUGGAGAUACCAAAUCUAUUGCUGCCACACCCACAUUUGGGCAGUUUAGUGGCCUUGUCAGAGAUCACACGUCCACAUGAAAGAUUUCUGUUAUUGGGCGGCCUUACUGGCUUUUUGGAUCUAAUGAAGGCACACAAUAUAACGCCAGACAUUGAGACAUUUACAACGAUGCUCGAGGUCAUACCACCAACUAAUGCAGCUGAGAAACAAUUGCUAACAUUCGUGCGCAAGAUCGGUCUAAAGGCCGACAUUGAUUUCUUCAACAUACUGAUCAAGAAGCGUUCGAUGCGUUUCGAUUAUGAGAGUGCCCGUGAAGUACUCACAAUGAUUCGCACCGCUGGCUUCCAUCCAGACAUUGUGACCUAUGGUGUGUUGGCUCUUGGCUGUCGCACACAGGAGGAGGCACGGGAGCUUAUGCAACAAAUGCAGGCUGCAGGCAUACGCAUGAAUAUGCCCAUUCUUGGUGCAAUGUUACGACAGGGCUGUGCCCAAAAAUCCUUCGCGUACAUCAACGAAAUAAUGCAGCUAAGCCUAGAGCAUAACAUUCGGCCGAAUGAACAGUUUCUGCGACAUCUUCACAACUUCCACAGAGGAUGUGCUCGGGCCAUAGAUGCAAGGCACCCCUCGACGAAAACUCCUGCCUAUAAGAAGGGACACUCAAAGUUCUGUGACAAAUACCGUCUGUAUUAUGAAGAGCACGGCUUAACACACCUAAAGCUAGAGGAUGCCAUUGCAAAGAUAAAGGAACGGCCAUAUGCACGUUACAAGGAUGCGCCGGUGGAGGGAAUGGAACCACUGAAGCACGAGCAAAUUCGCCGCAAAACUAAAGUCCGAAAGUACAUCAAGAAAAUAAAAAUAAAUGAGCUGCGCGCUGAUCCCCAGGACGCAACAAAUAUUAAGAGCAUAGAAUAAGUUGUGUUGUUAAUUUUUUAGGUCAUUAAAGUUUAAUACGAAUACCAUUUGUUAA